AUGCAUAUCCAAUCAAUUCCUAUGUGGGAGGGCACCGGCAACAACUAUGCCUACCUCGUCUCAGACGAUAAGACACGCGAAGCCGUGAUCAUCGACCCAGCACAUCCGGAGGAGGUUCUUCCUGUCCUUGAAAAGCAGACAAAAGCGGGUCUGAAACUAACAAAGAUCAUCAACACCCACCACCAUCAUGACCAUGCAGGAGGAAACAAAGAGAUUCUCAAGCACCACAAGCUCCCGGUUAUUGGCGGCCGCGACUGCACUCUAGUCAACAAGACUCCUACCCACAAAGAGACGUUCAACAUUGGUUCCAUCGAGGUCACUGCUCUUCACACACCAUGUCACACACAAGACAGCAUCUGCUUCUACUUCAAAGACGGGGACGACAAGGCUGUCUUCACUGGUGACACAAUGUUCAUUGGCGGCUGCGGCCGCUUCUUCGAAGGCACCGCCGAGGAAAUGCACAAGGCACUAAACGAGACCCUGGCCGCUUUGCCAGACGACACAAAAGUGUACCCUGGCCACGAGUACACGAAGGGCAACGUCAAAUUCGCAAAGACAGUAGCGAAGGACAACGAGGCAGUCAAGAAGCUUGACAGCUACUCUCAGGCGAACAAGGAGACACAAGGCAAAUUCACCAUUGGCGAUGAGAAGAAACACAACGUCUUCAUGCUCUACGCAGACCCCGAAAUUCAGAAGGCUGUCGGGCAAACCGAGCCCGUCGAAGUCGUACGCACACUGCGCGCACUGAAGGACAAGUCGUAG